AUGGAGGAGACGCAGGUCAAGAAGAAUGAGGACGGCAAAAAGGUAGAGGAUGAGGUGGUGCGCCUCCGCAGACAGAUCAGCCUGCUCCCCGCUGUGUCCUUCAUCAUUGGUACAGUGGUGGGCAGUGGGAUCUUCAUCGCGCCCAAGGGGGUCCUGAUGAACAGCGGCAGCGUGGGGCUGUCUCUUAUGGUGUGGGCACUGUGUGGAGUCCUCUCAUUGUUUGGAGCUCUGUGCUACGCUGAACUGGGAACCAGUUUUACCAAAUCAGGGGGCCACUACCUCUAUCUGCUGGAGACACUGGGGCCCCUGCCGGCCUUCUUACGGCUGUGGGCGGAGUUCUUCUUCAUCAGACCAGCGGUCACUUCCUACGUGGCCCUCGCGUUCGGCCGCUAUGUAGUGGAGCCAUUUUUUGCCCCCUGCGUUGCGCCCACCGUGCUCAUCAAACUCGUCAGCAUCCUCGGAGUGACAUUUGUGGUGGCCGUGAACUGCUGGAGUGUGACCCUGGCCUCUCGCACUCAGGUCACGUUGACCUUUAUUAAGAUGUUUGCCCUGGUCCUCAUAAUCAUCCCUGGUGUGAUCGCACUGGCCAAAGGACAGACCACAAAUUUUGAAAAUGGUUUUGAAGUUGACUCGCUGACACUGGACCGACUGCCACUGGCCUUCUACAAUGGCUUAUAUGCCUACGGUGGCUGGUUUUAUUUGAACUAUGUUACAGAGGAGAUCAUAAACCCAAACAGAAACAUCCCUCUGGCUAUAAUCAUGUCCAUGGUGACAGUGACCGUGUUCUAUGUGCUUGUUAAUGUGGCCUACUACACCAUGAUGACGCCUGCGGAGCUGCUUUUGUCCGAUGCUGUGGCUGUAACCUUCGCUAACCGUGCUCUCCAGGGACUGGCUUCUGUCAUUCCCAUCCUUGUGGCCCUCUCCUGCCUUGGGGCGCUGAAUGGCGGCUGCUUUGGAUCACCCAGAAUGCUGUUCGUGGGUGCCAGGGAGGGACAUUGGCCACCGAUCUUUUCCAUGAUUCACAUCCGCAGACACACGCCUUUACCUGCCGUGCUGUUACAGUACCCCUUGGUGUUGUUGAUGUUAAUCUCAGGAGAAAUAUACCAGCUCAUCAACUUUGCCUCCUUCGCCCGAUGGUUCUUCAUCGCCUUGGCAACCCUGGGGAUGCUCGUUCAUCGGUAUCGCUUCCCCCAACAUCUGAGGCCUUUUAAGGUGCCCUUGGUGAUUGCGGUCACCUUUACAGUCGUUUGCUUUUUCAUCGUGGGCCUGUCUUUGUAUUCAGACCCGUGGAACACAGGGCGAAGCUGCUUGCUCACACUAACUGGAGUCCCAGUUUACUACGUGACCGUUUAUCGCUUUCGCCUCCCCGGCAGAUUGAAACACAUCUUUAACUACUGCAGCAUGCAGUUGCAGAUCCUUCUGGAAGUGGUUCAGCAGGAAGUCCAAACAUACUGAUGACCGCUAAAACCCCUACUGGAUAAGCCCCGUGUUUUCUAACAUUUCUAACAUGUUGUAAUAGUUCUGUUUGUAAUCUCUAUAAAUCAUCUGCUUUUGGCUUUUAAAAAGUUUCAGAUGAGCCAACAUUUGUGUAUUAGAUAUGCAGUCAGUGCCAAUGUUAUCAUUUUAAUAAACCAAACUUAAAAAGGGAA